AUGCCCGGCGUCAUGGAGCAGGUCAAGGACGCGAUUAGCGGGGCUUCUGAAGCGAUCAAGCACAGCUUCGAUGGUAUCACCGUUGGAAAUGACCACGAGGGCGCGGAUCGCUACGAGGUCCGCAAGCGCUGGGAAGAAGCCAGGGAGAGGGCCAGUGAUGAGAUUCGCGCUCCCGGCUUCACCCCAUCUGAUGGUGAUCGCCUGAGGCAGACCUUCGAGCGGAUGAAAACCGUGGCCACCCGAAGCUUCUCGGCCUCCACUUCCAUUGACAGCGAGCAGCCGAUUAGAGAAAAUUGCGUGCUGGGCAGUCGGCAGCGAUACGAACGAAAAGUUACACGGACAAUUGUGGCAAUCAUUGCUUGCCACAUUUUUACGGAUUCGCCGUCCGCCUUUCCGUUCAUAUGGGAUUUACUUGGCCAAGAUGCUCCGAUAUGGAUUAAUUGGAUGGUCCUGUCCCCGAAUUACAUCUACAUGUUCUGCGGCAUCAUCAACUCGUUGCAUUUGCUGGGCAAGGUGCUGAACUUCUUCCUCUUCUGCUUACUAUCCGAAGAUUUCCGAAAGCGUGUCCAGAUAAUGCUACGAAAAUACUCCAAAACCCUACGGCACUAUCGACCUGCUUUCAUG